AUGCCUACUAGCUGCCCAACCAAAAGAGCUUGCGACCAAUGUCAUACGCUGAAGGAGAAAUGCCGACGGACCAGUAGCACUGCUCCUUGUCAAAGAUGCUCCCGGCUUGGCCAGUCCUGUCAAACCACACGCACUACUGCAAAGGCGGGUCGAAAACCGCGAGGCACACGGAAAUUAUCAUACACACUACCACAGUUCACCAAUAACUUUGAUCCUUCAACACAAUAUCCCACACCAUACAAUGCCGGACUAGGCAGCAACUCAGUCAUCUUCUCCGACCUGGAUCAGUGGGAAAGACAUUUCUUGAACCUCAUGAAAAAAGAGCACACCAAUCAUCCUUCACCACUCGAUAAAUUCCUAGUCGGUCCAAGCUUCCACGAAUCACAUCACAUUUCCUUCAUCCAAAACCUCAUCCAACCUACACCUGAACUGAAGAAUGCUUCAGUAGCAUGUGCCGCCGUGCUCUUCGGAGAGCAAUCCACAGAAAAAUACAAUACAGUUUCCGCCAUCGGUCAUAAGCGUGCAGCUUUGGCCGUGUCCUCCCUUCGAUCGUUCCAAUUACGUGAUGAAAGUGAUUUAACCACAAUACUCGUUCUCAGCGUGGCGAUGAUUACAUUUGCCAUGCACGUCGAAAAUGGACAGCAACAUCUUAUCGCGCACUACACGUUGACUUUGAUCAAGCAAGCUCAGAGCUUAAUAGACUUUGAAUCGCCUGUGAUGGACCUUUUGAUGUGCCUUGUCUGUACGGAGACAUUUGAGUGCCUGCUGAAAUGCAAACUUCCAACCUGGAGAGUUGAUGGCUAUCGUCGUGGAGUCACUGUUGAUCGCUAUCUUGGUCUGAGCUAUUCGUUAUUCUGUCACUUUUACGACAUCUGUGAAAUGGGUACUCUUCUUCGGUGUGGCCCAGGUGAGAAUAGGUCUGAAAUCAUGGUCCGACUGAAUGAAAUACAUGCAGCUGUGGAUCAAUGGCACCCGUCAACUCCCGUGGACUUUCUUGAGAGGUUUACCCAGGCUGAAGUCGUGGCAUUGUUGGCACAGGCUAAGAUAUUGCAACUGGCUGCUUUGCUAAUUAUUCAUCGGCUACGAUUUCCCUUUGGACAACGCGACUCUGAGGCACAAAUACUGUCUCAAUCUAUCAUAUAUCAAUUCCAUUCUGUCAUUCAGCUAACAGGGCGAUCAGUACCUUGUACUGCGCUCGCAUAUCUGACGGCAUGUUUCGAGGUGGCAGGCGAAGAGUCAAGGCACUGUGCGUUGACUCGAAGCUCGGAGAUCAUCACGUUUUCAAAGCAAGCACAGAUUAAAUUCGAAAGCUCGUUGACUUCAAUCUGGAAAGCUCGGGAUUCUGGAAACCAGUUCUAUUGGUUCGAGAUGGGAAAAUAUCUAUCGAAGAACGCGGGAAUCUGUAAAUAA